AUGAACAUCAUCAGUGCUUUGUCCAUCCUCGGCCUGCUGCUUGCAGCUGCCAGUGCCCAGAAACCCCAACACUGUGAGUCUCCCCCUCUGAUGAGUGGAGGUGUGUCUGUGAUGGGCAGCAAUGGGCUCUUCGUGUCUACGGGAAUAAUCAGCUAUGACGCUUUUGGUCAGAAGAUUCGGGUUAGAAACUUUGGCAUGGUUGGAAAUGAAACCUUCGCUGUGGACCAGCUGAUGCUUUUCAAUGAGAAAGUCUAUUAUGAGAUCGACUGGCGCAAACCUUCUUGCAAGAAGAGGCGUCUAAGUACAGAUUUCAUUCCCAUGCAAGUGCCCGAUGACUCCCAAUUGAUGGGUCAGGUCGUUCUAGGCUCCUCCUCCUCCUGGGGAAUGGGUGUGCUGGUCAACACCUGGUACGGAAACCUGCCAGGCAACGGCACCUAUAUGAGCGUCUACACGGAGAUUGGCUGCAUCCCCAUGGCCUUCACUGGCUACACACCAGCAAGUGGAUGGACCACUGUCAGCACUUUCAACUGGGUACUUGGCAUCACCAAUCCCAUGGACUUAUUCCCGCCUUUCUUCUGUGCCAAGUCUCAGCUGGAGGAUUCCGAGGCACCUGACACCAUGUUCGCCGCCUUAGAGUCUCUGGCCAGGAAAACCGAGAACAGGAAGUAG